AUGGUCUGCACUGCUUUUAUGCUGCUCUGUGAUCUCUUGAUGAUUUUUAGCCAUCAGCUGAUGAGUGGAGGCAGAGAGGGUCUUCAACCUUUGGUGUUUAAUCCAGAUUCAUGUCUCCAGACUGAACUCCUUAGCUUUGUAAUGGAUCAUGUCUUCAUUGACCAGGAUGAUGAGAACCAGAGCAUGGAGGGAGAUGAAGAAGAUGAAGCUAAUAAAAUCGAAGCUUUACACAAGAGAAGGAAUCUUUUGGCUGCCUUUAGCAAACUUAUAAUUUAUGAUAUUGUAGAUAUGCAUGCGGCAGCCGAUAUCUUCAAGCAUUACAUGAAGUACUACAAUGACUAUGGCGAUAUCAUUAAGGAGACAUUGAGUAAAACAAGACAAAUUGAUAAAAUUCAGUGUGCAAAAACUCUCAUUCUCAGUUUACAACAGCUGUUCAAUGAGCUUGUUCAAGAGCAAGGUCCUAACUUGGACAGGACAUCUGCCCAUGUCAGUGGUAUUAAGGAGCUGGCCCGACGUUUUGCUCUUACCUUUGGUCUGGACCAGAUAAAGACAAGAGAAGCUGUAGCCACGUUGCACAAAGAUGGCAUAGAAUUUGCAUUUAAAUAUCAAAAUCAAAAAGGACAGGAAUAUCCACCUCCUAACCUUGCUUUCCUGGAAGUACUUAGUGAAUUUUCAUCUAAAUUAUUACGACAGGANAUAAGUGAUAUUCACUCAUAUUUGGAGAAGUUCCUAACAGAACAGAUGAUGGAAAGGAGGGAAGAUGUAUGGCUUCCAUUGAUUUCCUACAGAAAUUCAUUAGUGACAGGUGGUGAGGACGAUAGGAUGUCUGUGAAUAGUGGAAGCAGCAGUAGCAAAACUUCUUCUGUUCGAAAUAAGAAAGGUCGACCUCCACUUCAUAAGAAAAGAGUUGAAGAUGAGAAUCUUGAAGGCACUUGGCUGAAUAGAAAUGACAGCAUCCAGACCCCAGGUGCUCUACAGACACCUCAGCUCACAUCAACAGUGUUGAGAGAAAAUACUCGACAAAUUGGGGAGCAAAUACCAGAGCAUGAGUCAGAACCUGGAUCUGAACAAGAUUUUUUAAACAAUCCUCAGAUGCAAAUAUCUUGGUUGGGUCAGCAGAAAUUAGAAGAUUUAAGUCGAAAGGAUAGGACGGGAAUGAGCUACAUGAAAGGAAGAAGUGGUGUGAGACAUACAGUGCGGGGUCUCAUGGAGGAUGAUGCUGAGCCUAUCUUUGAAGAUGUAAUGAUGUCUUCCCGAAAUCAGCUAGAGGAUAUGAAUGAAGAAUUUGAAGAUACCAUGGUUAUUGAUUUGCCUCCUUCAAGGAACCGAAGAGAACGAGCUGAAUUGAGGCCAGAUUUUUUUGAUUCUGCAGCUAUCAUUGAAGAUGAUUCAGGAUUUGGAAUGCCAAUGUUCUAAAAUCUGAUGAAGACAUUAUACAAAUUUGGAACUCUGUUCUUUAGAGCUCAAGGCCUAUAUACUGUGAUAGCUAAUAUUAAAACCACAUUUUGAUGUGAUUUGGUUUGAUUUUUAACCAAAUGAUUAAAGUCAUUUCCUUUUUGUAAUGACAGAGAAGAGGAGCUUCUGAAUGAAACAAAUAUUGGCCAAUCAGUCAACUCAGAAAGGCUGACCUGCAAAUCAUUUAUUUUCUCUGUCCUUGACAGUCCUAAUACAGGUUUUUUUCUUGAAUAGGGAGAAGCUUUUAAAUUAAGACUAUACAGUUCUACGUAUGUUUUCAGAAAACAUUGAAUGAAAACAAAACUUUUUAACUUUAUUUUUCUGCUGUACAACUUCAAAAUGUUUUAACAUUUGCCUUUUUAUGUUUUAGAAGCUAGCCAUUUUUAUUAAAUUUAUGCCUGUCAGCCAUUGACCAGCAGCGAUGCUAAUCAGCAAGCCAUCCUGGUUGGAGAAGUGUUGUUAAACACACUGAAUAUGACUAGCAGUAUGGUACACUUCUAGAUCUUCUCUGACCAUUGAGAGCGGAGCAGUCUUACAAAAGAUGUUAGAAGUCAGAUGUGUACAUCUCUGCCAAAAAGUCAGAUUCUGAAAAGAAAAAAAAACAGAUUUUAUACUUCUGAGAAGAUUUAUUUUUAUUUAUAAUGGGGCAUAAGAAUAAGAGAUGUCCAUGAAGCCACUUUUCCAACAGAUGCUGUGUAACAUUCAUUUUAUAUAGCACUAGGGGAACACACAAACAGCACAUUUUCUAUUGGUACUUGUUCUGUGCAUUUUUAGCAACUUAUACCAGCAAAUAAAAUAUUCUCAGUAAAAUAAACCAGUGGUUCUACAGUAAUCUAUUUGCUGUUUCUACUACCUAUUUCACUCCCCAUCAGACCUGAGGUACAAAAGCAGCAACUUUCUUAUAAAGCAUAAAUCACAAAGGGAAAAAGGUGGGGGUGCGGGUGGGACAUGAGCGGGACAGGACACUUACAUUUUCAAAGCAAUUUUAACUGUAUCAUAGAGAAGUAUUUAUCUUUCCAUGCCGUAAAUAUCCUUUUGUGCUAUUUUUGUAAAUUAAUUUUGCCAAUUAGAUUUAUUGUAUGUGCUGCAUAGAAAUUGUGUUUAGAUGGUGACGUUUUAAGCUUACAAUGGAAUACAGCUACAGUCUCAGUGUUAACUGUGCAUUAAUAAGAGUAAUUACUACAUGAUCUUUAAGCAGUUCAAUCCAAAAAGUAGUAAGCUGAAUCAUUGUUCUAAGAAAUUUUCCAUGGUGUUCAGUGAUCUGGUCUUUUAUUCUGCUUAAAUAUUACAAUUCUUCCUGGUAGCUGCUGGUGUAGUUAAAGGAUUUUUUCUUCACUUGUUGUGAGCGUAGCUCCAGCUAAUAAGAACAUCUGUUAAAAUGAGGCCAAACUAAUAAUCUCUUUUUUCCUCUUUUGGGGGGGAAUUUGAAUGUAAGAAACUCAGAAGCAGAUCCUAACUCCUAUCUGAUACAUCCACUGUAGAAGUGCUUUUAUAUAAUAACUGCAAAACAACUGUAGUAUUCUCUCUUUUUAAAAUGUCCUUUAAUGAAUUUAAAUUAUAUUUAAUGCAUAUCUGUUGAAACUUAAAAAUUUAAGAUCAAAUAAUGCUACUUUCAUUUAGCAGUUGAGACUUGUACCUCUAAUAUUUGUACUUCUCUCAAAAUUAUGAUUACUAAAAACAUUUGACCCACUAAUUCAGCCAUUCCUUUAAUGUAGCUGUUUAGAAAUUUUAAAGUUGCUAAAGUCACUGGGCUGGUGCUUUAGGACAAAGUGCAAGUUCUCUUGAAAAAGUGGUAAAAAUUAUUGCAAGUAGUCCUUCAGUUUGAUGGGCAGAAUCAUACUGUUGUUGGUUUGAACCCAACAUAGGCAAGUCUUGCGCCCCACCACCCUUCAGAUGAAAAACUGAAAUGUCAUUGAUCAUUACAGAAUUCUAUAAAACAAAAGCUGUUUGCAAGCAAGUUACCUCCAAUGGGUUUCCAAUUUAGUUUUCAAUCAGUAGGGUUUUUUUAAAUGUGUCUCCUUGAUUGGUUUUGCUAGUAAUUCUGUAAAUUGUACAUUUACAACAUGAGGGUUUUUUUUCCUUUUGUACAAUUUAAAACUGAUGCUUCACUUUUCCUUUAAU